AUGUCUUUCAUUUCUUCCACCUCAAGCUCCUCUUCUGAUGAUUUCUCCAAAAAUCAUGAAUUUGAUUGCUUAGUUGAUGAGUAUGUAGCAAAUCACCUACCUCAUAGAUUACUUCCUCCAGACCAACCACAAGAACCUCCACUAAAUAAUGAAACUGAACUAUCAACGGAGCCCAAAAGGGAUAGGGAAAGAGAAAAAGGGCAUGUGCAACUAUACAACGAUUAUUUCGCGAAUAAUCCAGUGUAUAACGACAACCAAUUCCGACGUAGAUUCCGUAUGCAACGGUCAUUGUUCUGCCGCAUUAUGAGCAAAGUGGUUGAGGGGGAUCAAUUCUUCCAGCAACGUCGAAAUGCAGCUGGGAAGCUUGGUUUAUCACCGUUGCAGAAAUGCACCGCUGCAAUAAGAAUGUUAGCGUAUGGCGUAGCCGCAGACGCUGUGGAUGAAUAUUUACGUCUCGGCCAAACAACCUCUAGGCAGGCAUUGCAACAUUUCUGUCAAGGGGUUAUUUCACAAUUUGAAAGUGAAUAUCUACGAAAACCUACAGAUGAAGAUUUAAGGAGAAUCCUUCAUCAAAAUGAUCUGCGUGGUUUUCCAGGGAUGAUUGGUAGUAUAGACUGCAUGCAUUGGGAGUGGAAGAAUUGUCCUACUGCUUGGAAGGCACAAUAUGCUGGUCGUAGCAAGAGUGCAACUCUCAUUCUUGAAGCUGUUGCUGAUCAGGAUCUAUGGAUUUGGCAUGCGUUCUUUGGAAUGCCUGGGUCAUGUAACGAUUUGAAUGUCCUUUACCGUUCACCGGGUAUAACACAUCCUCAUGUUAGAAAAGACAAGUUGUUUGCUGAUCAACAAGCAGCAGUUCGGAAAGACGUCGAACGGGCUUUCGGAGUUUUACAAGCUAGGUUCGCUAUACUACGACAACCAGCACUUGCAUACGACGAAGAUAUUCUCUGUGAUAUUAUGAAAGCCUGUAUAAUAAUGCACAACAUGAUCGUCGAGGAUGAACGACACAACUACGCACGUGCAGAUGUUUUGAGACGAUACUACGAAGAAGAUCGACCACAACGUACGGUGAGGCGGGCAGACCCGAGCACAAGUGCCACGGUGUUUAACAACGAGCCAUUUGAAUUCAACGUCGGGCGACCACCCAACAUUGAUUUCAACACGUAUUUGGAGAGAAGGAUUUCCCUUCGUGAUAGAGAAAUUCAUUCAUCUCUGAAACAAGAUUUAGUGGAGCACAUAUGGCAGAACUUUCGUCAUAAUGCGGUUGAAUAA